AUGGAACCACCAGCUAAAAAGCAAAGAUUAUGCAGAACAGUCUCAACGUUAGCUAUAGCUAACAAACUUCAUCCGUUGAAUGUAAAACCUAGUGGAAAUCAACUUUUAGCUGAUGAUGUUGAUCUACAAGAACAAAGAAAAAAAUUAUUAGGAUUAUUUUCCAUACUACCUAAUGAAUUGAUUUUAAAAAUUAUUUCAUAUAUGGAUGAUAUACAAAGUUUGAUAAAUUUAUCACAAACCUCGAGAAUUUUUUACGCUUUGUUAUAUGACGAAGAAAAAUGGAAACAAAUUUAUAUUAAUCAGCUGGAGAAAUUUGAUAAUUUAUCAUGGUUAGGUUCAUGGAAACAAACAGUAACAAGAAUAAAAGAAUUAGCAAACCCAAAACUUCCAAAUAAUUUACUUUGCUGUGAUGAGAUUUAUAGACCUUACCAAUGUUCACAGAUUGAUUAUGCAAAUAUUUUCAAGAACGUUAUCGCAGAAGAAGAAAUUAGUCAAAAAAAUCCAUCUCCCGAAGUUUUAAAUGGUAGAAUACCUAGAUUUGAUGAACAAACAUUUGAUAUAGAAGAAUUCGAAAAUUUUGUUGACUCGCCAUUUAUAUUGACUAAUAAAGACCCAGAAAGAUGGCCCAAAUGGACAUUUGAAUCACUACUUACAAGGUUUCCUAAUGUCAAAUUUCGACAAGAAUCUUGUCUCUGGGAUCUAUCAAAGUAUUCUCAGUAUCUCAAGUCCAACCAAGAUGAGUGUCCUUUGUAUCUAUUUGAUUGUAAUAGUGAGGCGAUGAAGACACUACGAAAAGAAUAUAAUCCACCUUCUAUCUUCAAUGAUGACAUUUUUAAAUUAUUUCAAAAUUACCGACCUGAUCAUGCUUGGUUAAUUAUGGGGUCCAAAAGAUCAGGUUCUACUUUCCAUAAAGAUCCAAAUUCAACAUCUGCAUGGAAUGUUUCAAUUCAAGGUAGAAAAUUAUGGAUUAUGUUACCACCGAAUAUAACUCCACCAGGUGUAUCAACAGAUGAAGAAGAAAGUGAAGUAACAUCACCGAUAAGUAUAGCUGAAUGGGUAAUAUCUGGAUUUUAUAAUGAUUCUACAAAAUUAAAAGAUAUUAAAAUUGGUAUAACUUUUCCAGGAGAAUGUAUGUUUGUACCACUGGGUUGGUGGCAUAGUGUUAUAAAUAUUGAUGAUUCAAUAGCAAUAACUCAAAAUUUUGUACCAUCAAUGAAAUUAUUUCAAGUUUUAAAUUUUUUAAAAAAUAAACCUGGUCAAAUAUCAGGUUUUAAAUUAGGUGAUGUACAAAAUUUAAUAAAACAAUUAGGACUAAAUAUUGAUUUAAAUUAUAAUGUUGAUUUAAAUGAAGAUUGUGGAGAAUUAACUUUAAAUUUACCUAUAUUUGAGAUUCUACUGAAAUUAUUAAUUGAUAAUGGUCAAAAAAGUUUAUUGGAAGAUGCUUUAUUAAAAGUUGAAAAAUUGGAAGCAAAACAAUAUUGUAAUGAUACAGGAAAGAGUAAAAAAUGGGAGAACUUAACUGAAAAUACAGGAUUUUCUUUUGGAUUCGAAAUUGAUUGA